UCUGCAAAACAACCAGUGGGAAACCAGGGUGUUUAGAACAUGGAAAAGAAUAACCCACUCUUACCAUUUGCCUUCACGAGGUCAACCUCGGGGAUUCUGAAUGAAGUCCAUUUAGACACAACUCCAAGGCCUCGGGCCGUAAUUGACGAAAACGCCAGUAGCAUGUACCAUACAAGAACCCCCGACACCAAAAAACUGUUUGCAAGACCCACGUUAACAACAGCGCCAGGCCUAAAAAGAAGAGUAGGUGAAAGUUUCAAUGAGAAGGAUGACAUCAAGAGAAGGGUUACUGCUUUUGAAGGACUUGAUAGUGAUGAACCAACCAUGAUCGAUACUACCUCCACUGACUUCUCUCAAGAUGAACUCUUUCAGAGAUCUUUCUUGGAUGGAGAAAGUGCCGGAAAACUGCACUACGAGACUAUUCCUCCCAGUAGCCCUCCAAUUGAUACCUAUUUAAGCUCGGAGUAUGAUCCGUAUGCCAAAUUCAGUAUGCCUUUAUCUCCCAGUCAAAGAAUCAAUAGUGAUGCUCACUAUGGUUCGUCUCCGUCCAAACCUAGUGUUGUGAGGCUUGACAGUGAAACCGACUUUGGUAUUGAUAAGUUCAACCGGUUUCGACCUCCUGAAAAUCAGUGUCCAUCGACUGACAGAGACUUUAGUAUGACUGCAGAGGCAAAGGAAGAGAGAAAGAAAAUGAUAUACUCAAAGGCAAGAGAUAUCGUCAUUGCAGCAUUUGAAGAUAUGAAAACCAGCAUAGAUUUGGAAAGCAUGGGGUUGAAUGAAGUACCUAGCGAAAUCAAAGACUUGAAUGAUUUGGUCGUGAUUGGCCAAGAUUCGACACAGAUCAUUUUCCAAUUAUAUUUGACCAACAACGACAUCAGGGUGUUAGGACCUCCUUUGUUCAAGUUCACCAAAUUGAACGUCUUGGCCUUGAGACAGAAUAAAAUUGAAAGGAUUCCUGCUUUGAUAAAGAAUAUGGUACGCUUAACCGAUUUAUCAAUUGGAGCAAACAGAAUAAAAUUCUUACCAUGGCAGAUUUUGAACCUUCCUGUGUUACAAAGCUUCAGAGCUGGCCCCAAUCCGUUUUUAAAAGUCCCAAAUGAUGCGAUUGAAAUCAAAUCGAUGACUUUGAAUCCUAUAAAGAAUAAGAGGUUCGUAAGUAGGAUCGAAUAUUUCAAAGACGACGAGAAGUUGAUCCCAUCUUUAAAAUCUUUGUGCUUAUCCAAAAUAGCACAAUACGACGUUUCCUACCAAGAAGCCAGGCAAUGGAGAAAAAACACUCCUCGGUUAUACCACGAGUCAAUUAAGAAAGCGAUUGCUCAAGGUAACUUUGAAGAAACUUGUGCUGAAUGUGACAGACUCAUAACAGAUCCAGUGGCAGAAGUUAUUGAAUGGUGGGACUUCUUGCAAAAUAAUCAGAUUCCAUUCAAGAAAGAAUUCUGCUCCGGAAUGUGUGUGAAGAGAUACAGUAGAAGGGUUAUAGAAGACAGUGAUAGUGAUGAAUUAUGAGAUACCGAUUAAAUACAUAAAAGUAUGUUUAC